AUGUGUGGAAUUAUUGCGCUGAUCCAGGCGAACCCCUCAUCUUCGGCUGCCGUGGACCUCCACGAGGCACUCUACCUUCUCCAACAUCGGGGUCAGGAUGCAGCCGGUAUCGCGACUUGUGCGUCCGGGGGUCGGUUCUACCAACUGAAGGCCAACGGCAUGGCUGCCAAGGUCUUCCAGGACGGUGCCAAGGUUGCCAACCUGCCUGGCUUCAUGGGAAUUGGUCACUUGCGGUACCCGACUGCGGGAUCCAGUGCCAAUGCCGAAGCCCAGCCGUUCUACGUCAACAGCCCCUACGGCAUUUGCUUUGCCCACAACGGUAACCUGAUCAAUGCCGGCGAGCUCCGGAAACAUCUGGAUCUGGAGGCCCACCGUCAUAUCAACACCGAUAGUGACAGUGAACUCAUGCUCAACGUGUUCGCUGAUGAGCUGAGCGAAACCAAAAAGGCCCGUGUCAACCACGAGGACCUCUUUGCCAGCUUGACUCGCAUGUACCAACGCUGCGAAGGUGGCUGGGCUUGCACUGCUAUGCUUGCCGGUUUUGGUAUUCUGGGUUUCCGUGACUCAUACGGUAUUCGUCCCCUCAUCCUGGGAUCUCGCCAGUCAUUGGACGGACCCGGUAUGGACUACAUGAUGUCCUCCGAGUCUGUGGCUCUGGACCAGCUUGGCUUCACCAACCAACGUGACAUCCAGCCCGGUGAGGCUGUCAUCAUCGCCAAGGGUGGUGAGCCUGUCUUCCGUCAGGUGUCACCCAAGCGCAACUAUGCUCCUGAUAUCUUCGAGUAUGUCUACUUCGCUCGCCCCGACUCCGUCAUCGACGGUAUCAGUGUGUACCGUAGCCGGCAACGCAUGGGUGACCGCCUGGGUGCGCGUGUCCUCGACGUCCUGGGCCCCGAUGUCGUUAAGGACAUCGACGUGGUCAUCCCUAUCCCUGAGACUGCCACCACGUCUGCUACCAAUGUGGCGCAGUAUCUGAACAAGCCCUACUGCCACGGCUUUGUGAAGAACCGUUACGUCUUCCGCACAUUCAUCAUGCCGGAGCAAAAGACACGGCAAAAGGGUGUUCGUCGCAAGCUCAACGCCAUGAAGGCUGAGUUCAAGGACCGCAACGUCCUCCUGGUUGAUGACAGCAUCGUUCGUGGUACCACGAGUCGUGAGAUCGUCAGCAUGGCUCGGGAAGCCGGUGCCAAGAAGGUUUACCUUGCCAGUUGUGCUCCCGAGAUCACCCACGCUCACAUCUACGGUAUCGACCUUGCUUCUCCCCAAGAGCUCGUUGCCCACAACCGGGAUUCCCAGGCUAUUGCCAAGCACAUCGGUGCAGAGGCAGUUGUCUUCCAGACCCUGUCCGAUCUUAAGGACUCCUGUGCGGAAGUUGCCCGUGAGAACGGUCAGCAAGAACCCAAGGACUUCGAAGUUGGCGUGUUCUGCGGCAGCUACGUUACUCCCGUCUCUGCUGGCUACUUCGAACACCUGGAGGCUGUCCGUGGUGAGGGCCGUAAGGUCAAGGCGCUCGACAAGGCCAAGGAGGCCGUCUCCCAUGGCUUUGCCAACAUGACCGACUUCCAGAUCGCCGCCAACGGAGUUACCAUGGACACCAAUGGCAAGAUCAUUCCUGCUAAUGGGGCAAACUCGAUUGCUGCCGCCGCUGCCGAGCGUGCCGGCAACACUGAAGACCACCCCAACCCCAAGGUCUCUGACCGCAUGGAUAUUAGCAUCCACAACAUGGCUGACCAUCAUGAAUGA